AUGCCAUUGCUCGUGCCCACGUAUUCAGAUAUCGCUGCUAAGAAGCGGCUACAAAGAGACAAGAACUUCAAGAAGGAGUGGCUUGUUGCACCGGCAAAUCUUCCGCCUGCAUCUUCUCCAAGUGUUAUCGGGUGGAUCGAGAAAUGCGGAGAACUUACGUCAAAACAGCUUGAAAUCACUGCAUCAUCUGCGCCGGAGAUCUUGCUGGCAGUCCGCGACAAGGUGUGGACAGCGUUUGAGGUCGCAGAGGCUUUCUGCCACAGGGCAUCUUUAGCUCACCAACUUACCAAUUGUUUGAGUGAGGUCUUCUUCGACGAAGGGUUGCAACAGGCUCGAGAAUUAGAUGAGUAUUAUGAGCGCACCGGCCAACUUAAAGGUCCAUUACACGGAUUGCCCAUCUCUUUGAAGGAUAAUAUCAAUGUCAAGGGCCAGGCAACCACCGUUGGUAUUGUUUCGUUCUCUUUUUCGCCAGAAAAGUUCAGUGAGGACUCGGUGAUUCUGGCAAUGUUGCGCGAUAUGGGUGCAAUUUUUUAUGUCAAGACCAACGUUCCCGUGGCCAUGAUGAUGCCCGAAUCCAUCAACCACAUCUAUGGGAACACCACGAACCCACUUAACCGCAAAUUGAGUGCUGGAGGAUCUUCUGGAGGAGAAGCAGCACUACUCGCACUUAAAGGUUCACCACUUGGAAUUGGAAGUGACAUUGGAGGAAGUAUUCGAAUUCCUGCUUCGUUUAACAAUCUUUAUUCGCUUAAGCCUACUUUUGGGCGGUUUCCCACCUAUGGCUCUAGAUCAGGACUUCCUGGUUUGGAAUCUGUUAACAGUGUUAAUGGACCACUCACGACGUCAAUAGACAGUCUUGAACUUUACUGCAAAACAUUAGUUGGAGCUGAGCCUUGGAUAUACGACCCUAAAGCUGUCCCUCUUCCUUGGAGAACGGUCAAAUUGCCAGAAACUCUUAACAUUGCCGUUUUAGAAGACGAUGGAGUGGUGAGACCUACACCUCCAUUGCUUCGAGGCAUGAAAAUGGUUCGUGAAAAACUCACUAAAAGUGGUCAUAUUGUCAUUGACUGGAACCCAGAGGAACACUUGAGGCUUUCUGAGCUCAUUACAGAGUUCUUUCUCAGUGACGGAGGUAAACACGUCAAGGAUGAGUGCAACAAGACCGGCGAGCCUUUCUUUCCAUACAUGCAAAUGUACGGAACAGCACCAGAAAAAGGUGUAGCUUCGUUGUGGGCUCUCCAGGCGGAAAGAACCAAGUUGGUCAAGAAAUUCCUCGACAGGUGGAACGCUACCGCUUCUGCAACUGGAAAUGGAAGACCAAUUGAUGCCAUUAUUCUUCCUGCUACUCCAUUUCCAGGUAACCCAAACGGCAAGUUUCAAAACUACGUAGGUUACACUUCUCCUUUCAAUGCUGUUGAUUACAGCGUUGGUACUAUUCCUGUGACCACGGCAGACCGGGGUUUGGAUACUAGGGAGGUUAGAGAAACUUUUUAUGGUGAAACCGACAAAGCGGUUUACGACAACUACGAUGCUGACGAAAGUCACGGUGGAGCCGUUUGCUUGCAAGUUGUGGGGCGCAAAUUCGAGGAAGAGAAGGUGAUGGAGCUUCUCAAGGCGUUGAAGGCGAUUAUGGAGUCGUAG